UGCUGCAGCAGAGGAGGAGGCGGCGGCCGCGCCGGCAGAACAGCCGGGGCCCUUCUCCUCUGCUCCAACGCCUCCCCAGCGCUUUGGCGGCAGAAGCCUCAGAUAAAGUAUCACAGCUCUUCCCCACCCAUGCUUAAAAGGAUGUUGACAGACUGGAAGAAGUGCAGAAGAGACCUACAAAGAUGAUAGCAAAGUUUAGUGAGCAGAUCAGAUGAGACAGAGCUGCAGGAACAGGGUUGUGAUUCAAGCACAAGAUGGCAAGGACUAGCCAUAGCAAUUAUGUCCUUCAACAACUCAACAACCAAAGAGAAUGGGGAUUUCUCUGUGAUUGCUGUAUUGCAAUUGAUGAUAUCUACUUCCAGGCACAUAAGGCUGUCUUGGCUGCUUGCAGUUCUUAUUUUAGGAUGUUUUUCAUGAGCCAGCAGCAAAGCACAGCACAGUUGAACCUCAGCAACAUGAAGAUUACAGCUGAGUGCUUUGAUCUCAUUUUACAAUUUAUGUAUUUAGGGAAAAUCAUGACAGCCCCAGCUAACUUUGAGCAAUUUAAAGUAGCCAUGAACUCCCUACAGCUCUACAAUGUGCCAGAAUGUCUGGAAGAUAUACAAGAUACAAAUUCCUCUAGUUUACAGUGCUCUUCUUCUGCUUCCAGCACUCAAAACAGCAAAAUGAUUUUUGGUGUUCGGAUGUAUGAAGAUACACAGGCUAAAAACAAGAGUGAAGCAAACAAGUGGGGUGCUGAGCCACCAAGUUCUACUGUCAGUACUUCCCAAAGCAGAGAGGUUGAUGAUGAAGCUUUGCAAUUAAACAAUUUCUCUGAGCAACCUUUGGAGAAUUGCAAAAGGACCACUGUGUCAAAACUCUCAGGUGCCAAAGACAGAGUGCCCAAUUCACGGCGCUUUGGAAGAAGUUUUACCUGUGAUGGCUGUGGCUUCAGUUUCAGCUGUGAGAGGCUGUUAGAUGAGCAUAUCAUGUCAUGCACUAAUAGGCAUUCUUAUCAGAACCCCAGGUAUUUGGGGUCUGAGAAGGACAGCAGUGAAAGGGACUCUACUUCUAAAAUGUCAGUUUCCCAAUUGGAGAAAUAUCAAGCAAGUGCAAACCAAUCUGCUGAGAGUUCUUCAUCCACAACAUCAAAUAUAACAAGUGGAAAAAGCAGGGGUGCCUCAUCAGAGCCGUUAAAUGAAGAGCGAAGUAGAGCCACAGAAAGGAAAAGGAUUAUUGUCAAAAUGGAACCAGAUGAUAACCCUACAAAUGACCUGAAGGAGUUUAAUAUUGUUAAAGUAACAAAUGGCAAUGAUUCCACUGAUAAUGAAGAGCUAGAUGAUGAUGAACCUGUUUAUAGAUACUACAUUGAGGAAGAUGUCAGUGAAAAUAGAAGUGUUAGAAAGGCUCUUUUAAAACCCCACAUGCUUAUUGGUGAGCAAGCUAGGAAAUAUAUUAAAAGUACCAGAGUCCUUGCAAAUAAAGUCAGUGCAAAUAAAGCCAAGGAGGUGACGGAAAAUGCAUCUUGUGAACUGUGUGGUCUGACAAUCACAGAAGAAGAUUUGUCUUCUCAUUACUUAUCCAAACACAUAGAAAAUAUAUGUGCCUGUGGAAAAUGUGGCCAAAUAUUAGUAAAAGGACGGCAGUUACAGGAUCAUGCACAGACUUGUGGAGAGCCACAAGACUUAACCACCAAUGGUUUGAGGAAUAUGGAGGAGAAAAUUGACUUGGAAGAGAGUCCUGAAGAACAAUCUGAAAACCAAGAAAUGAUGUACGUAGACAUGUUAGAUGAGUUUGGAGACAGCCAUUUUCAGAUGAACACACUCCCCAAAAAACAACUGUACAGGGAUUCAGCAUGCCCUUUCCGAUGUCCUAACUGUGGAUUACGUUUUGAAACAGAGAAUUUGGUAGUUGAACAUAUGUCCAGUUGUUUGGAACAAGAUCUGUUUAAGAAUGCAAUUAUGGAAGAGAACGAAAGGGAUCACCGACGCAAGCAUUUCUGUACUCUUUGUGGGAAAGGGUUUUAUCAGCGUUGUCAUUUGCGAGAACAUUAUACUGUACACACCAAGGAAAAACAAUUUGUUUGUCAGACAUGUGGGAAGCAGUUUUUACGAGAGCGUCAGCUGCGCCUUCAUAAUGACAUGCACAAAGGCAUGGCCAGGUAUAUCUGCUCCAUUUGUGACCAAGGGAACUUCCGAAAACAUGAUCAUGUUCGGCAUAUGAUAUCCCAUCUAUCACCUGGGGAGACAAUUUGUCAAGUUUGUUUCCAGAUUUUUCCAAAUAAUGAACAACUUGAACAGCACAUGGAUGUUCAUCUGUACACAUGUGGGGUUUGUGGAGCCAAAUUUAAUCUGAGAAAAGAUAUGCGAUCUCAUUAUAAUGCUAAGCAUUUGAAACGAACAUGACCACAUAAUGCUUGUUUGACAAGACCUAGAACAAAAGCAAAUGGAACACCAAAGCAAAACGAACAGUAGUGCAUAAAAAAAUUGAUCAGCCAGUUUUUAAAUGUCUGUUUUUAUCUUCAUUAUAGGGUCUUAAACUACAGUACAUAGCAUAAACAGUACCUAAUGUUUCAUUAUUGCAUUUUUAUUUUUGUCUCGUUAUCUUUUUGUUGGUUUUUUUUUUUGCCAGAGUAUUCAAGCUAUUAUUUUUAAACCCUCAAGUUUUAAAAGCACGCUGUAGUAUUACUCUAGUCACUAGCUUCUAUUAAAAAGCUUCUCAAUUCCAUCAACAUAGGAUGCCUGCUUUUAUAUUUCUAUGGGUGUUUUUUUUUUCCUUUUUUUCUUGUGAACAAUUUAAAUUACAUAGAUUUUAAAAUAUGCAAGGAUAGUCUUAAGGCCAAGAAAUAAUUACUGGAUACUAUCUACAACAGAAUCCACCAUAUUUAGGUAUAUAGAAAUUCAUGGACAUACUGAGUUGCAGGAGGUUUUUUGCUUCUGUUAUAAGAAUAUAAGGUUAUCUUUGAUAUCUUGUCAUUUGCAUUUCAUGUAUCCAGCAUAAUUAGUGCAUUUUGUUACUUCUGCAACAGUAUCUUGAGAUGAAAUGAGGACUGCACAUGAGUUUCAUACUUCAGAAUCAUUUUACAUAUUUGUAUUUCCUGUAUAAUUUUACACUGUUGUAAUCUGCUCUAAAGAUGUGCUGCAGCUGAAAAUAUGUGAAGUUCCCAUAAAUGUGCCCAUAAGAUAAUUCAUAAAAUAUCUGGAAUAGAACUUAAACCAAAAGCAAACAACCUUUUGCCUUCCAGAUAUUUUAGGGUAGGCCACAAGUGAAUUUGAAUACAUCAAUUCAGUUUAAUGGGAAAAUGUGCAAUUUGGAAUCAUGUUUAUCCUCAUUUUUUUUUAAAUGUCAUGUUUUCUUUUUUUCUGGUUGGCUUUACCUGAUAGUCUAGACAGCAAUCUAUUUUAUUCCUAAGAGACAGAAUAUCUUUUUAAUUGGAUGCUUUUGUCAAGGAGUUCUCUUAUCUGUAUAAAUUUUAGGGGCUUUCCUAUUUCUUCAAUCCUUUCCAAUUCUGGAAACUCCAGAAUUGAAAGUUGGUUUGAAUUGUUUACUGAGGAUGGGCAGAAAUAAUUGAAAUGUCAGUCUGCAGUGCUUGUCAACUUUGAAAAAUGAUUCUGUAAAUUUCAUGUUAAGAGAGGAGUAUUGAUGCUGCUUUGGUUUCUUAGAGAAGCAACUAUGCAUUUUUCUUUUUUCUACAGUGCUCAUCUUUUUUCCUGUAUUCACUUUGAAACUAAGGAUGAUUGAAUCACUCUUAUCAUGGGGAUAGGGAUCUUCCCUCUUCUGUAGCUUCACUUUUUAAAGCUAAAAACUCCUAGUUUAGAGAUAGCUUGUGGGGUUCCAGAUGUUGCUGAAGGACAAUUCCACAUUGGCCAAUAUGCUAAUACUAAAAAUACUGAGAAUUGUAGUUCAGCAUUUGGAGUGCAGUGGAUUGGCUUAACCUUCCUAGUGCUUGUUGCUUAUAGUUUCUUAAGCAUUAAGUUCCUUAAUUUGAAAGCAGCAGAAUGAUUAUUUUGUAGGCUAAAUUCUGGACUAUAUUAUUGAGGAAUAAGAUGUGUGUGAAAAAUGUGUGAAAUGAAAAAUGAAAACAACUGCCUGAACCAUCCUGGACAUUAAAAAAAAUCUUUUUAAUUUACCUUAUUUUUUUAAGGACAAGAACCAUAUAAUUCCAAAACACUCCCUUUUUCCACGCUGCAAGGAUUAACAGUCCUACACUUGUUAGUUAACUGCCCAACUAUGUUAUAAGAAUAGAUUACUAGUCCUUCCUCUCAUUUGACUGCUAUUCCUUCAACACCAACACAUCCAGAUCCUCCUACUGAGCAGGAUGUGGUUUUCUCCACCCAACCCAUUUUUAUCUUCAGUAAAGACUGUAGAAUCCAGGUCUCUACAAUACACACAAUUCCCAUUAGGAAUUUGAGGCUAAGACUUUUUGGUUGUAUCACUUUUCCAGGGAUAGGCACUUUUUUAAGCCAAAUGAUGUAAGUCUACAUCAUGCUUUGGGAGACAUACAUAAGCUCAUGGCACAUGCAUAUAUGGGAUGAUAGAGUUGCAUGGAAACAUUCCCAGAUAGAUACAAAGCCACCAUUACCUGUGAUUGAUAGUGUCAUGAUCAUUCAAGGCCACUUGUUGCAAGAGAGAAAAAAUUACCUCCAUAGGCAGCAAUAAAAGUCAUGCUCUAAGGAAAAAGAAUAUGGAUUUUCAUCCCUUUUUUAAUCCAAUAAAAGGGGAGAAAACCAUUCCUGCUCCAUCCUUGGCAGGACUGGUGCAAUUACUCCAUGUUCCUUCCAUGUAAAAGAAAGAGCAGAGAAGCAGAACCAAAGUGCAAGUGUAAGGGGUUGGUAUGUAUGUAUAGUGUGUAUGUGUGGAGUGUUGGGAGUCUGGGAAGCCUGUCUGUCACAUUGCCAAUGCCUGUUGCAAUCUACCAAAGAAUCCUAUACCAUUGCACUGCUUCCAGUAUUUCUGCACGUUAUUGUUAUAGUUUGCUCUAGUUAUGCUGCUAUUGCAUCAAAUGUCAAAAAAAAAAAUGAGCUGCUGUGCCUGAUGUAGAAACUAGUUUAGAAAGAAAUAGGCGUGCAAUCAAUGUAUAUAACUUCAGGAAUGUGCUACAUUGGCUCAUAUGUGACAAACAUUUACACUUUUUGCAAUGUACAAAGCUCUUUAUACAGUACAUAGUUUUAUUCAUUUUUCAAAGAUAUUCUAGCUGCUGGUUUUGAAGAAAAUUAAGCAGGUUUGCAUCUGGUUACUACGAUGAGAGAUCACUAGGAAAUCCCAAGGCUGUAGGCUAGACUAGAAAGGACAAAAAUAUCUCAAAAGGGAAUGGCAAAUCUUUUCUAUAUUGUUGCUAAACAAAACUACAUGAUGGUUUACAUGUAAUCAGAUUACAGAGUCGUGGAAGUCUUCAAUUUUAUUCAAAAUAAAUCAUCUGAGUUCAAUGUA